AUGAAACAUUUUUUUCAGACUUCCUAUGCCCCUGCGGAGACCCUUGGUUCUCUGGGAACUCAGCCUAACUGCGCCCCCCUGUGGGGCGGUGUAGCCCGGCCUGGUCCCCCAGAGGCCGUCUAUGUGGAGAGGCCUCCUUUUCCCCCAGUGUCUUCUCCACACUUCUUCUGGGCCCCCAGCCCCCACGGAUUCUUCUGGGCCCCACAGUCCAUUCCCUGGGUAUCUCUUGGGGCUGUUCCUCCCACGCAGCCAGCCUCCACCCCGGCUCCCCCGGCCUCCGCCCCGGCUCCCCCAGCCUCCGCCCUGGCUCCCCCAGCCUCCACCCCGGUGCCCCUGGCCUCCACCUCAGUUCCCUUGGCCUCUAUCCUCACCCCCGCUGCCGCCCUCCAGGGCCCACCCACCCCUGAGCCAAGCAGCUCUGUGCAGCCCAAGAGACUGGGCCCCAAGCCUCGCAGGGCCCGGCGAGAAGCUACUGAGCGAGUCACCACAGCUGGUGAGAGUCCUGGCCCGCAGCUCAGGGGCGCUCUGGGCCAGGUAGUGACAGCCCGGCUGUUCCCUGACAGCCUGGAAGACACGCCCCCUUGCCUGGAGGGCCCACCUCUAGCCAAGGCUAAACCUCAGAAAGCCAAGGCCAUACACCCCAAAACCACUGUUAUGCCUCCUCACUCAGAGGUCAUGCCCCCUCUGUCAGAAUCACAGUGUCAAUCUAAAGCCAAGGCUGUGUCACCCCCAGCGGGGUCAGUGCUUUGGAAGAGCAAAGCCACUGCUUCCCCUGAAGCGGGGUAUGGGCAGCCCAAGGCCCCACCCCCUCCAGCUGCGGAGGCGUCCGCGGUGGCGGUGACCACGCCCCCUCCGGCUGCUGGCCACGCCCCCUCGGAGGACGUGCUCUCCCAGGCCACCCGACUUCUGGAGGCUGCUGAAGACUCUGAUGGCAGCGAGUUCCAGGACGACCCUGUGCUGCAGGUGCUAAGGGCCCAGAGGGCAGAGCUGCGUCAGGAGAAAAGGAAAGUGGAUGCCCGAUUAUCCUUCCUGUUGAACCCUGUGGAAGACCCGGGAUCUCGGUCCCCUCCAGCCAGGUCGCCUCCUAGGUCCCCAAGGAGGCUGCUGCGAAGGGAAGGAGACUCCCUGGAGGCCAGACGACUUUGAAUUGUAUAAACUCUCUUUUAUCCGAUGAAACAUUUUUUUCAGGUUGCAGGUUAUCUCUGAGAAAAGUGCUGUUCUGGAAAGGCCAAGGGUCAUGCCAAUUUAAGGAAUGCCUCCCCUCCCCACUGUGG